AUGGUUUCCAUCAAGAAACCGCAAAAGUUCGCUAAAGGCCAGACGGUAGGUCCAACUUCCAUGCCCGAGGAUAUGGAUGAUGAUGACGAUGCCGGUAACUCUCUUGAUGAGGAGUCGGUAGUCAUUGCGAAACCUUUUCGUCCCCCUGCUUCGCAGGGAAGUCCUUCCAAGCAUACAAAACCUGGUCCCAAUCGUCACUCUGUUGCUGCUGUUCCUCCGUCCAUCGACUUGCCUGUUGGUGUAGUCGAGGAACAAGUUAUUCGUACUCGUGGAGAGAAGAGGAAGCGCGAGGCUGCGAUUGCUGCCGUGGAGUCUCAUGUUGAGACUUCAAAUGUUCGUGACGAGAGCCCAGAGCUCCUGAGGAAGAUGACGAAACAGCAUAUGGCACAGCUCAGUCGACAAGCUGCUGCCCAGGUGCCUUCGCAAAAUAUUGCCUUCGACCCGGUCACCAUGCAGCCAGUAGAUGCCGAUGAAGUUCGUUGGCUGGCUACCACGACCAUGGAUCCCAAGGUUCCCUGCUCACUUUGUGCCGUGGGCAGCCAGUCUAAGCCCUGUGAAUUCAUGGGCUGGGGUGUUCCUUGUGGGAACUGUCAAAGGGGAAAGAAGGUGGUUUGUUCGUUCAAGGCUAGUCCUCAAGAGCGGUACCGAGCACGCGUCUCGAUACACCCAUUCGCAGAGAGGACGCCCGACAAUCUUCGCCGACUCCUCGGGACGGCCGAGUACUUGGUCAAGGCCUUUGAUAGUGCCUGCGAGACCGCUGGCCGUCUGUCUGAGCUUCUUUGCGACACUUGCAAGGACAUUGAUGCCGUUAUCCGGGACACUGUUGAGUAUGAAGGUCGUGUCGUGGCCGAGGAGUCCCUUGUUACUGACGUAUCAGCUGUCAACAGACUCCUCGACGGGUUUUCUGCUCAAGAAGUGGAAGUCUUGAUGACUCCAGAGAAUGAGGACCGAACUGGUCCUUCUUUGUUUUUGUUGAGUUACGAUGCAUCUUCCCCAAAGCGAGAUGAAGCUCUUCGUCGCGAAGAGGGGGGUGGUGGCGAAAUGGACGCCGACGGAGACUUGGACGCAGAGCCGGUCACCUUGGCCUUCCCUUUCAUAGAUAAAGGUUUCGCUGAUGAACCAUCAGCUGCAGAUGAAGCAGCAGCUUGCCCAGUAGCAGCAUUCGCCUUAGCCUUGGCUGCCAGUACAGGUAAAAGCGCGAACGAUAUGAUAAUCUCCGAAUGGUUGAGUGCCGAGUUUCUUGCAUUGCUCGAGCUGCUUGCCGACGUCGACACCGAGUUCGAAGAGCUGGUCGCAGAAACGCAUGGCAUCGUUGGCUUUGGCGAUGAGAGCGGCGAGAUCGACAGGAAUUUCGGAGCUGGCAGACAUGGUGAAUGUGAGUAA